AUGACUAAUGAAUUAGGAGUGGGUUUUGGAGCCUAUAAAUUUUAGACUAUAAUUAGCAAUGAAAUGAGAAUGACAAAAGAUUCUGUUCAUCGUACUCGAAUAUAGACAGAAUCAAGAAAAUCAAUAUAGGAUAAAUGUAAAUACUAAUUCCAAAAUGCAAAGAAAAAAAUUAUUUAAAAGCUUCAAGACCCAAAUGAAAGAGAACGUUUUAAUACUCAGAUUCAACUUGAAUAAGUAUCUAAUGAUAGUGUAUCUGAUGAUUCAGAGAAUUAAACACUUUAAUUGCUUGAAUAUAAGAAAAAGAAAGAAAAAGAAUAUAUACUUUAAGUAUCAGAUUCUAGCAGUUCCAAUAGUUUUGAAUCUUCUAAUAGUUUCAAUUAAUCUAAUCAUUAGGCAAUAAAUGAACCAAAUGUUUAUGAAGAGGAGAAUAAUUUAGCAGGGUAAAAUCUUAAAACUUUAACCACUCCAACUAUUCUUAAAUCUCCAUAAAUAUCACAAGUAAUUAUACUUAUAUUAAUACUUUAUUUUUUAGUCUAGAGUAUAAAUUGCUAAAUAGAAGGUAAUGGCUAUGAAAAUGACUAAAUAUCCAAUAGUUCGAAAGGACAUUGAUUUUUUAAGAAGUUUAUGUCAAAAUUAAAACUUCAUUAAUAAUGAUAAAGCUAUACUAGAAGAAUAUAAAUUAGAUAAAGAAAUAUGUGUUGAUAUGGAUUGCCAAGAUAUUAUCACAUUCAUGAGACUUUAACAUGAAGUAGAAGAAAUGAGAAGAAAAUAAAUUGAAUUUAAUACACAAAAAGAAAGACAUUAUGAAAUUGCUUAAAAAUUUAACUAAAAAACUAAUAAUAAAGUUGAAGAUAAAGAUAAUAAAUUUUGGACUGUAAUGAUGGCUAAAAGGUUUAUCAAAAAUAUGAAAUUAAAAAUUGAUCAUACAUCACCACCUAAACAUUCCAUAUAAGCUAUUAAUCUUAUUAGGAAAAGCACUAGAGGAUCUAUUUUAAAGAAUUAAUAUUGA